AUAUUUAAACAUUUGCACUUAUACAAUAUACAGCAUAAUACUCGUACAGGACAAUAAGAUAGCAUAAUGUAUAGUUUUGCAUCGUUUAACGAAGUAACUACUACCAAUGAUAAAAACAUUACAUAUGUUGAUUUUGUACCCUCUUGUACAAAAAAAUCUGGCAUCGUUUCAAAGUCCAAGUUUCAACCAUUUAGCGAAUUGAUGAAUAAGGCUAAUAAAUGGUUAAAUGAACAUCCUAAUUUCGCUGUUAAAGGGUGUGAAACAAUUGGAAGUAGUGUAAGUUCAGAACAAGCUGUAGGAGAAUGUACCGACACCCAGAAAACAAACUAUCAUAUAAAAAUAACAACACGAACUCACAGUCAAGGUAAUACGACCACACAUACUUACAUUUUCAACAUCUGGAUUCUGAAAUGUUUAAGGCUACAUAUUCAACCGAAAGGAAGUGACGAAUCACCCGAACCUCAUCAGAUAGGAUCUUUACAUAUUAUACCAGAUCUUAUCUCUGAAAGUGGAAUUCUUAGUAAAGCAAAAUAUAGCGCAUAUAGUGAUACACUGAAAAAAGCCAAUGAAUAUGUGAAUAGAAACCCCAUACCUGGAAAAAUUCUUAAUAUUGAGGCUGUUGCCAUUAAAAGAAAAAAUAAUAAGAUAAAGGAUGACGGGAGUUUACUUUUCGAAAGUACUGAAGAUAAUGGGAACUUGACCACAAUGUUUAGAAUAUUCUAUUUAAUUGGACGUCCAUUAUACGAGAAAAUAGCAUUAAAGCCAAAUAUCAGUGAAAGAAUUGAUUAUAUAGUACCUAGACAUACGAUACGGGACUACUUCAACAUCAUGAGAGUAUUUUAUGUUACUGGACCAGAUAUUAGAAUUGAUUAUUCUAUUGGUAUAUCGUGUAAGGCAUUUCAACCUGCUCUAUUGAUGUGGAAAUCUUCUGUAAAGAAUACUUUUGAAACAUUCAAAGAAUUUUAUGUUAGAGAAAUUGUACCAUUCAUAUCAUACAACUCACAUGCUCAAAUCAUCAAUUUUGAAAUUGUUGCUAAACCUAUGAAUGAAGAUCAAGAGUUGAUGAGCCCUAAACGAGUACCACCAAAAAUUUUAACAGCAGAAGUAAGAGUAUACUUUAUCGGACCUGUAAGCGAUCCUCCACCAGGAUAUAUACAGCCUAAACCAGUUCCAGUUAUCAAAAAACAAAGUUGCAGUAUUUUAUAG